UACGAUUAAAAAUUGAUUGAUCUACAUUUGAAACUGGAGAAAAUGAGCUAGUAAGUGUGGGUCAGUCUGCACCUUGGACUACCCGCUGCACCCGGUCACUACGCCAGCCACAUUGGGACUGCUUGCAAAGCAUUGUGGAGACCUAAACUUGUUCGACAAUGUGCAAUUCCUAGGCAUAAAAUGACUAUGAAGGACAAACAGCAUCAAAAGGUCUAGUAUCUAUCGUCGCAGCGCUCGUCCCAGAAUUCCAACAAACAGCAGCUUUUUCAACAUGUCCCCUUCUUUUCUCAUCGUAGGCGGAACUGGCAACACUGGUCGCGGCGUGGUUGAGAUCUUAUCCAAGACCCUUCCAAACCAUCCGAAGUUUUCUGGAUACCGUCUCCUCCUUCAGACACGAUCAGCCAGCGGCUCUGCGGCUAAAGAGCUUGCCAAGCUACCUCAUGUCGAACUCGUCGAAGUGAACUGGCCUGAGAUCACCUCUGAAUGGCUGCGCGAACAAAAGGUUGCUAGAGUCUUUAUAGCUUCACACCUUCGGCCAAAUCAGUUUUCAGAAGAAUCCACGUUCCUCUUAGCAGCUCUCCACGCAGAAGUUGAGUACGUAGUGCGCAUCUCCACAACAACAACGAAUGUACGCCCAGAUUGCCCAGCAUACUAUCCACGCACGCACUGGGCGAUUGAGACGAUGCUUGAGCAACCGGCUUUCAGCAAGCUAAACUGGACAUCUCUGCAGCCGACUGGGUUCGCGCCAAUGAUAUUGUAUCCUGCUGCUGAAUUGAUUAAGAGGGUACGAGCUGGGGAGAAGCAAAAUACGCUUCGAAUUCUUUUCAACGAGGCACCCAGUGCCAUGAUUGACCCUUACGACAUCAGUCGCAUGGCAGCGGCGCUCUUGAUCCAAGAAGACAUCUCCAAACACAGCAAGGCCAAGUACACCCUCACCGGACCGGAGGACAUCAACGGCGAGGGGAUCGUGGCAAUGGUAGAAAAGUACAUUGGCACAAAGGUUGAAGAUGUUUCAUACAAAGAUGUGUCUGUGCUUGACGAGGUGUUUGCCGUGCCUGGAGAGUCCAAAAAUGUGCUUGGAUCGGCUAACUUGGGCCCCUUAACAACUUGGGAGGGACUGUUAUCAACAUCGACGAUAAGCAAGGAGGUAUUGGAGCUUGCGCCGCCAACGGUUACGCCUGCAGAUACCUUGAAGGCCUUGUUGCAAUGAUCCUAGAUUUCUCAUGUAGGCAAGUGGCACAGGUGGAAGGUAUCCGAACAAUAUUUGUAAGCCUAGGACCACAUCGCAUGACUGUCCUGCAGGCAUGACUGAUACGUCCAACUGCUUUCGAGCUCAGAUUACACACUUGUACAUACGCACAACAAUACACUUAUACAUGAGACUA